GUUGGACUCUUAAUUACUCCGAUCAUACGCGUAAUGUUGUAAAAUUUUUCUUGAAGCAUGCUUGAAUGACCAAAUAGUAAAAAAAAAAAAAGAUGAAAAAUGUUACGUUUUCGUCAUCGCCUACAAUAAUAAGCCACAGAGAAAGACCAAUCAAAACGGUAAAGAUGAAAACGGAGGCAAAACAGAGGCCUUAACUUUUUUGAAACUUUACACCGUCGGAAUGAGUAAAUCACACACUAAAUGAUUAAAUGAACCCGCAGAAAACCAGGAACCCAUCACGCCCUGAUCCUGAAGCACUUAUUAGUCUGGUGGUGGUUAUGGUGAUGGUGGUGCGAAGUCUCCUUAUCGAUCAAUCCCUGGACUUGGCGAAACUCCUCCACGUGGCAGGGGAUGUUGAUCAGGCCGUCGUGGUGGAACCCGUACUCUUCCUCCGCCUCCUUCAAGAGCUGCCGGAAACGUGGGUGGUUGAAGUAGUCGACGGGGACGAUGAAGCGCUGCUGCUCAUCCCCCUGCCCCACCAUGAUCGCCAGACACCCUCUCGGUAUAUCCUUCAAAUCGUCCUUCCUACUGUUCCCCCCAUGGAAGUGAAUCUGAAACACGUUGUGGUGGUGGUGGUUCUUCUCGCCGCUACCCAUGGCUGCCGCCGUCAAUUUGAGGGCUUAAUAGCUCGAUUCAAGGAGGGAAAUCAAGAAAGAUGAAGAAGAUUGGGAAGGUUAUAAGGAGAUGAGAGCGAAGGGCCACGGAUCGGAGGCGGAGAUGGUGAGAUUGAAGAGGGUGAGAGAAGCCUCUGUUAGAGAUCUGGGAACGUUGCUCAUAAUUAUCUCUGAUGAAUCGGUUGGAUUUGGGGUUUGGUGAGAAGGGAUCGAGAAGGUCAUUUAUAGGUCAAUUCAUAAAAUUAAUUUGGUUUCUGUGCUAUUUAUUUAAUUAAUUAAUUGGCAUAUAUGGAGGGAGGGGAGAAUCAUCUUAUUCUUGGACGAUCAUGCUUGAUGUACUCACCCUUGUACACAUCUUAUACACAUCAUAUUUGUGAUUUUGUGAAGCUUAUUUUGUCUGUGAACCCAAUUCACAGAUAAUAUUUUGUUUGUGCAAAACAUUAUAUGUAAAUCAAUGUUCACAGACAAAAAAAGCUUUCACAGACAUAGAUAUGAACAAAAGUGUGUAUAAUACUCGGCAGAAGCGAGUGGGUGGGUCAACUUAUUAUAGGUUGCCGUUUGCUUUUUUAUUUUUUUCAUUGUUAGUUCCUUUUCUUUUACGGAAAGAGGCUUAUCGAUGAUAUGACUUUUUUGUCAAAUAAAUGAUAAAAACAACGACUUUCCAGUUUCC